UCACAUUACAGAGUGUCGUUAUCAAGAGGAUGGUCACUGAAGCAAUUGCUGCAAUGCCAUCUUCCAUAUCUUGCAACACAGUGGAUCCAGCACAAGCAUGAUAUUGCAAAUUUUCCAGCUUGUCUCAUUGAAUGCAAUGACCCAGAAAUUUUCUUGAAUGAACACAAGAACAUCUUACUUCCCAUAUUGUUUGAGUUUGAUCAAAAUAAUUCCAUUGACAACUUGGCAAGAAUUUGUGGAAAAGAUGUAAAUGAACUUUACAUACAGAAUUUUCCAACAUUAAUGGCUCAUAUUUUGCCAUAUGUUGCAGCAGAACAUGAUGAUUCACAAGUCAACCAACUACCAAAAUCUAAGAUGCAAGCUGCCAAGAAACACUAUAAAUGGCUGGAGAGGAGUCUGGGUAAUGAAGUUUUUAGCAGGCUGGUAGACCAGCAUGUAGGAGAUAUAAUGCUCUCCCUGCUGAAGAUUGUACAUGAUAAUGAUCCCAUUGUACAGAAUGAAGUGAUUGUACUACCAAAUCCUCCAUAUUUUUCCCCAGCUGUGAUACAGAAUACUUUGGAAUUUUUAGGCAGAAUAUUUGGAGAGGACUGUCCACUAGUAGCUGUUCUUGCCAAAAGAAGAUCAGAACUACAUAAAGUAUUUCAAGGUGUUGUGGAGUACUUAGCCAACAACUGUACUUUACACACUGCACGUCUUGCUCUGUCGUCUGCAGCUGCUCUCGUUCAUUCAUUAUUACCUCAUCUUGAAGAUAAACUGAAGGAUGUCUCUACUUGUAUCAUCCGAUACUUGGUUCAUCUGCUCACCUCUUACACCUCCUCCCUUCAGAAAUUGGCUCCAUAUUUGGCAGAUCAGUGUAAUGAGCUUCUGUAUAAAGUGUGCUGCUGUGCGCUGGAACAUUGCCCUCAACAACUUGCCUCAACAAUUCCAACUCUGUUUGCACGAUUAUCAAUUGGGUUGAGGUCAGAAGAGUUUCCAGGCCAUUUUACAAUGCUUAGCCCACUCCCUUCAAAGACUUCUAACUUUGCAGAGAGAGUGUGCCUGGAACAUCCUCAUCACAGCUUGCCUGUCAUCAUUGCGUUAACCCACGCCCAUGCUGAUGAUGACAUUCUCAAGACCAGUAGUAAGAAGCAGCGAUGUGAAGUCAUUGAAGAGGAUCGUGUAAAGGCUGCCAAGAUACUGGUAAACUCUCUGAAGAAGACAGUCAUUGCCAACCAUGUGGCAGAGUUUGAGAAAGUUUCUCUGGCCUACCUCACCCUGGCUAAUUGGUUCGAUAACUCAAAGCACUCGGCCGGAGAUAAGGUAACCAUACCCAGCAGCCAGCCAUUACUUACUGUGCGCAACCUGAAGUACACAGCUGCCUUGACCCGCCCAUUGAGACUGCAGCCCUCCGCUUGCUAUGACCCUCCGCUUAUUGUUGGCUGGGAUACUUCCUGUUCUUUUGUUGGGGGUAUUAAUGCCCCAAAACGACUAACACUGAAAACAUCUGAUGGACUGAAGCAGUUUGAACUCCUGAAGGGAAACGAUGAUAUUAGGCAAGAUGCAGUGAUGGAACAGGUGUUCAAAAUAGUCAAUGAACUUCUGAGCAAGAAUGGUGAAACAAGGGAACGUGGAUUAUCCAUGCGUACAUACCAGGUUGUACCAUUAUCUCAAAGAAGUGGACUAAUUCAGUGGUGCAACAAUACCCAGGCUUUUGGAGAGUACCUGAUUGGUGGCAAUAAGAAGGGUGGAGCACACAAGCUCUACUACCCACAAGACUACACUGCAAGCACCUGUCGAGAGAAGAUGGCCACUGUAAAAUCUUCCUCCAUACAAGAGCGAUAUGAUACCUUUCAGGACAUUUUGGAGCAUUUUCAUCCAGUAUUCCGUCACUUCUUCAUGGAAAAUUAUCCGUCGCCCCAUGAAUGGUACAAGCGUCGUCUUGCAUAUACAAAGUCAGUAGCUACAAACUCAAUGGUGGGCUACAUAUUGGGACUAGGAGACAGGCAUGUAGAAAAUAUUCUUCUGGACAAGAGUACUGCAGAACUUAUUCACAUUGACCUAGGAAUUGCCUUUGAACUUGGCAAAAUUUUACCAACUCCCGAAACUGUCCCUUUUCGCAUGACUCAGGAUAUAAUAGAUGGACUGGGCGUGAUGGGAGUGGAAGGUCCACUUCGGCAGUGUUGUGAGGCAACACUGGGGGUCCUACGCAGCUCAGGGGAAGUGCUGGUAACACUUGUAGAAGUUUUACGUCAUGAUCCUCUACACCAGUGGACACUUUCACCACAGCAAGUUGCUCAUCUUCAGGCCACUGGAGAUGAUGAAGACCAGGCACUUAAUUGUGUUACCUCUGUAUCAAUGGCUGACCGUGUAGUACUUAGAGUACAGCAGAAGUUGGCGGGAGUUGAGGACGGAUAUUCACGUACUGUUGCUGAACAAGUUAAUGGACUCAUUCAGCAGGCAACUGACCAUUCCAAUCUUUCAAAACUGUUUCCAGGAUGGCAACCAUACCUGUAGACUUUCCUUCUCAGGCUUGACACUGGCAGUUAUUUUAUUUUAGUUAUGAACUAAAUUACAUUUUAUAAUUUUGAAUAAAGUCAAUAGUAUGUAUUAAUUUCAGUUUGUUGUGAACAGUUUGUGUUCAGAAAUCUAAACAUAAUUUUAUUAUCUUUUACUUAAAUUUUAUGCAAGUUUCAGUAUUUUUAAAAGCUGCAAAAUGUAGUAAUUCCUUAUUUUUAAUAUGUCCAAAGCAUAUCAGUUUCAUAAGAAAUAUAAAAUUAAAUUCAUUUUUAUGUAAUUUAGAGUGAUAAUAGUAAAUCUCAAGUGUACUCAAGCUCUGAAAUUUU